AUGUUUGCGCAUAAUCGAGGGCCAAUCAAGAAUAUACCAACUGAAUUGCCGAAAAAAGAUUCUGAACCGAGAGUAUUCAUAACAUGCAAGAAGGAAGCAGAUGCUAAAUUCGCAGAAUACGUUCGUCAUGUAGUUGAUACGUCAACAAUCUCAAAGGAAGCGCAAAAAGCAAGACCUGAUUACGGUAUUGAAAGUGUUCAACCGAACGACGUGGCAUGCAUCUGUUACACUUCUGGUACCACCGGAUUGCCGAAAGGAGCGAUGUUAACACACGGUAAUCUAAUGUGGAAUGCCGAAUCACUGAUAGAUGCAUGGCGUUUCACAUCGUCUGACAUUCUGCUUCAUUAUUUACCGUUUUAUCAUGUUCAUGGAAUGUUUAUCAGUCUUAAUUGCUCUCUUUUCACACGAUCCGCUAUUAUAUUUAGGUUCAUUUAUCCGCUUACUGUGUUACCAUUGCAAAAUAUCACAUAA